AUGGAAAUGAGGACGCCGCCCCCGUUCAGUGAUGAGAGGAACGAAUCCCGGCUUCGCCAAGCGACAAAAGACUACAAAAAGCGGAAGUCAUGGGGUCAGGUUCUACCCGAGCCAAAGACCAAUCUACCACCGAGGAAACGUGCCAAAACGGAAGAUGAAAAGGAACAGAGACGUGUGGAAAGGGUGCUGCGUAACCGUCGCGCGGCACAGUCAUCGCGUGAGCGAAAACGUCAGGAGGUGGAGGCUCUCGAACAACGCAACAAGGAAUUGGAAGCACGGGUCUUGAGCAUUGAAAAGACAAACCUCUUGUUGCUCGAGGAGCUAAACAAGUAUCGCCGUACCACCGGUGUCGUCACUAGGUCUUCGUCUACUCUAGAUGCGCUGCCUUCUAACCCUGUUACCCUCACCUCUGAGCUCUUUGGUUCUCAGGGAAGCCACAAAACCCUGAUGGAUCGUAUCAUUUUCGCCGAGACCUCUCACAGCACGGUAGAUCCCUCAUCUCUUUCACCAAAAGCAGCAACACAAAACAUGGAUCAACUUUCUCCCGACCCAGAAACAUCGCGGACAGCGGCCGUGACAGACGAGCGAAUGUCCAUGACCCAGACCCGAACACCAUCCACCGAAUUGACACAACGUCCUGCAGCGAUGUUGUGCGACCUGCAGUGUCAACAGUCGGUGGAUCCUCAGUCAUGGACAACCUCUCAGAUGUCACCGGUACAGCUUCAAACGCAGUUUCUCAUCUUAUCGACGCUUGUUUCCACCUGCCAGCGGCCACUGACACAGAUAGCUAUGUCCUUGAAAGCGGGCUUCUCUUCCCCCAACUCCAUUGAUUUUGAAAACGAUUAUAUGGCUAGUGACUCGUCCACGCUCUUCCCGACCGACCCGUUCGACUUGUCACAGUUCCUCCAUGAGGACGCAGAAGCCGAACUCGGUCUUCACUUCACCGACUUUGAGACUCACUUCUCUCCGGAAAAUCUUAACCUGCAGCCCCAUACUGGCGCGUCCACUCAAGGAUGCGACGAUGGAGGCCUUGCGGUUGGUGUCUGA